CUAAUGAAUCGAUAUGGGCUCGGGAAUGAAGCGAGCUUGAAGCUGCUAGUAAUUCGGAUUAUUUUUUUGCUCAAGAGCGUUGGAGGAGCGGAAAUGGGGCCGUUUUGGGGGCGAGGAUAAACCGCGAAAAGGUGCCCUUUUUCUCGUACGAUUGGGGGCAUUUGAUCGAUCCUUUUCUUCUGCAUCACGUCCAUCUGGUGAUAUUUUUUCCUCUGAUCGCCCUUUUUCUCUCCUCUACUGUCUACUUCUCACUAUACACUCCAUUCCUCCCGUCAGCAGCUGACAUCUGCAUCAUCCUCAUCGCCCAUCGUCAUCAUCGUUUCAAAAUGGCCCCUCUGGCACAGGCCGUGACUGUGUCUCUCGAAGACCUCCAGAAUGGAAAUGUCUCCUUUGAGACUUUGCAGGAAGCUUUUGGCCCUGAUUCCCUUGGCAUCUUAGUGGUCAAGAACGUGCCGCAGGAGUUUGCGCAGCUGCGCCAUGUCGCGUUAUCAUAUGGAUCUUAUUUGGGUAACCUACCCAAGGAGGAGCUAGACAAGCUGGAAAAUGCCAAAGCCAAGUACCUGACCGGCUGGUCUCUGGGCAAGGAGACGCUCAAGAAUGGCCAGGCCGACACCUUCAAGGGCUCCUACUACGCCAACUGUGCCUUUUACGUCAACCCCAGCCUGGACUGUGCCGAGCCCACGGCAGAGUUCUCGCCGGAGACGUUCCCCGAGUACCUCUCGCCCAACAUCUGGCCGGCAGAGAACGUGCUCCCCGGCAUGAAGCCGGCAGUGACCAGCCUCUGCCGUCUCAUCAUCGACGUUGCCGUGCUGGUGGCGCGCGCCUGUGACCGCUUUGCCGAGCAGGAGAUCCAGGGCUACCCCAAGGGCUACCUGGAGCACGUCGUCAGCACGUCCAACACCACCAAGGCGAGGCUGCUGCACUACUUCCCCCAGGGGGCGUCCGACGCGGCGUCGACGGCGGCAGAGGGCGACGAGGACGACUGGUGCGGCACCCAUCUCGACCACGGCUGCUUGACGGGCCUCACGUCGGCCAUGUUCAUCGACGAGAAGCAGGUCAGCCCUGCGGUGCCAAGCGCGGCGGACAUUACAAGCCUCAACGGCGCCUCGCUGCCCCCUCUGCAAGAGCUGCCUGCGUCGCCCGACGCCGCGGCCGGCCUGUACAUCAAGUCUCGAACGGGCGAGACGGUGCAGGUCAAGAUCCCGCGUGACUGCAUCGCGUUCCAGACGGGCGAGGCCCUCGAGCGCAUCACGGCGGGCAAGUUCAAGGCGGUGCCGCACUUUGUGAGGGGGGUAAGGGCGAGUGUCAGCGAUGGAAGGGUAGCUAGGAACACGCUGGCGGUGUUUACGCAGCCCAACUUGGGUGAGGAGGUGGACAUUGAGCAGCACUUGACGUUUGGAGAGUUUGCGAGAGGUGUCGUGACGAAGAAUACAGUUUCUUAGACUGAUGGGGGGGUUUUUUUUUUGGGUCUAGACUAGGACAAUGAGAAAGAAAAAAAAAAGUUGAAAUGAUACGAUGUAGGCAUCUGUGGUGUGG